AUGGCGUCUUCAAUUCUUUGCAGCUCUGCUUCGUCGUCGCUGUAUCCCAAAUCAAACUCUGUUUCGGCUAAGUUAUCCUCCAAAGCAAAUGUAUCAGUCCAGUUUCUAGGAAAGGGACAGUCCCCACCACUUCUGUCCUCAACCCCGAGAUUUCUCACCGUAAUCGCCAUGGCUCCACCCAAACCCGGAGGCAAAGCCAAGAAAGUUGUGGGGCUUAUAAAGCUGGCUCUUGAGGCCGGGAAAGCAACUCCAGCGCCACCAGUAGGACCGGCUCUUGGUUCCAAGGGAGUCAACAUUAUGGCUUUCUGCAAGGAUUACAAUGCGAGAACCGCUGAUAAAGCUGGUUAUAUCAUUCCUGUCGAAAUCACUGUCUUCGAUGAUAAGAGCUUCACCUUUAUCCUCAAGACCCCGCCUGCUUCCGUUUUGUUGCUCAAGGCUGCAGGUGUUGACAAGGGAUCGAAAGAUCCAAAGCAAGACAAAGUUGGGACGAUAACAAUUGACCAGCUACGCACAAUCGCAGCAGAGAAGCUCCCUGAUCUGAACUGCACCACCAUUGAAUCCGCUAUGAGAAUCAUUGCAGGAACUGCAGCUAACAUGGGGAUCGACAUAGACCCUCCAGUUCUUGAACCCAAAAAGAAAGCAGUUUUAUUGUAA